AUGGAUUUUUUAAAUCUACCAGUGGAAAUAGGCUCUAAAAUUGUUGAAUAUUUAGAUAUUAAAAGUAAAAUUAACGUUUACAAUAGUUGCGAUGAGCUGAAAGAUUUUUUUGCUACCUGGUGCAAUAUAAAGAGUGUUGUACUAUCAAGAAGCACACUGGCUACUGUCAAAACUUUGGAAGAGAAACUAUUUUCUGAUCUUGGACAACAAAUUAUUGAAUUAAAUUUAAGCGGAGUACCAGAUUUAACAGCAGAAAAGUUGAAACCUUACAUUCCUCGAUUUGCGCGGUUAAAAUGUCUCGAUGUGACAUUCACAGAUAUUUAUUUAGGAGAUAUUUCAGAAAUAUGCCCUCAAAAUUUGAAGAAAAUAGGCAUUAACUAUUUCAAAUGUUUCAAUAACUACACUUACGAUAAGAUUACUGAAGAAUCUAAAGCUGUCUUCAAAGACCGACAGAUCGAAUCAGUUCACUUUAUUGUUAUGGAGCUAAGUUUAUCAGCAUCCCCUUUUAAGUUUCUUAAAGAUGUGAAUUCUAUCAAAGAUUUGAAGUUAACAAUAGCUGACAAUUACAAAGAAUUUUUGAGCAUUAAUAAUGACGAAAAUGAAUCGGAAGGAUUUGUUUAUAGAGGCCGAUAUGUCGGCGGAGGGCCUAACCAUGAUGAUGGCACCUCUGAGGACGAUGGCGCAACGCUUAGGGAGGAGUUAUCUUUACAUAGAAGUCUGUCAAUCGCACUGUGGUUGGAAUCCAUUUGCAGAUGUGUUCAGUCCUAG